GCGUACUCACUUCUGCCCGAGGAGUUGCCAUAACCCUCUCGGCAUCCGUGAUGAGCCCGCCACCAUUUAUAGCCUCGCGGUGACAAACAAUCUUAUUAUGAGAUUUAAACUUUGCCUCGGCUAGACUAGAGGAUCAACAUGCGCUCCUCUCGCACUUAUUCCCCGCAGUUUCCCAACUGAUACAGUACCUACCUGCCUACCCGCCUCCUCUUGUUAUGGUUAAACGCCGGUGUCAGCUCUCGGUGUAAUAGAAAAACCCAUGCAGGGCUCCGGGUCUGUUCAGCAUACAUAAAGGCGAGCGGUGAGAGGAGCUCAGCCCCUGAAUUAAAUCACUCACCGCUAAAUGGAUCUUUGAGACUCUCCCUUGACGCAGUCAGUCGCUGCUUUGUGUGUCUUCAAACCGAAAAGAGAAAACUGGGAUUCUUUUUUUAAUUUUUAUUUUUUUUAUUAUCUAACAGAAAUACCUAAUGUCUCUUUGAACAAAUGUCUUGUGUUCGUGGUGACAUACAGUAAGCUGCCAGCUUUGUAUCGGGAAGAGGCUCUUGCUCCGCGAUCGUCAAGCAGAGUUCAAAAAGAGAAAUCGUGAACAUCUGCACUGCUGGAGGACACCAGGGAUGCUCUCUCACACUGAGGACUUCAACCUAGAUUACAGAGGUUAUUCCUUCGUGCACAUGCCAGAGACACAGAAAGGAAGACAGUGGCAGAAACAAUAAGAUGAGACCAUUUAAUGAUGGUAACCUUUAAGGAGAAAAGCACAAGCCAGCCUGAGGUGGUGAAAUCUCUUUUAAGCAUCACCACAAGUUCACUGCAGGCAAACCUCAAUGAAAGAAACUCAGUGUAAGGUCAGAUACUCAACAUUUUUCUGACUGCUACAUGGGGACAACACCAUCCAUCAAUGAAGAGGAGACAAAUAAAAGGAUUGUUUCUGGUCCCUGAGAACAGUUGAACAUCCAGCUAAUUAUCCAACAGGAUUGUCUCAGCUUUACUGAAACCACAGCGGUAUCACCUUUCUCUAAUUUUUUUGGCCCUGUUCAUGACUCUCAGAGAAGCACCAAUGGCCUGCAGCUUAGGCAUGGUGAUGAGUGCCUUGUUUUGGUCUGUAGCCAUUGUAUAUUUUACUCAUAUUGGCAGAGUCAGUGGAGACUGCUGGUUAAUUGAGGGUGAAAAGGGCUUUGUAUGGCUUGCAAUUUGUAGCCAAAACCAACCACCUUAUGAGGCCAUCCCACAGCAUAUCAACAGCACCAUUGUGGAUCUUCGUCUGAAUGAAAACAAAAUCAAAAGUAUCCAUUAUUCUGCCCUUAGUCGCUUUGCCAACUUGACCUACCUGAACCUGACAAAGAAUGAAAUCUCCUACAUAGAGGAUGGGGCCUUUUCUGCUCAGUUUAACUUACAAGUCCUUCAAAUGGGCUUCAACAAGUUGCGGAACCUGACAGAGGGGAUCCUCAGGGGUUUAGGAAAGCUUCAGUACCUCUACCUCCAGGCAAACCUGAUUGAGACUGUGACACCCAAUGCCUUUUGGGAAUGCCCCAACAUUGAGAACAUUGACCUCUCCAUGAACCGAAUCCAGCAGUUAGACGGGUCCACGUUUACCAGUUUGACUAAACUGACCACCUGUGAGCUGUACACCAACCCUUUCAACUGCUCAUGUGAAUUACUCGGUUUUGUCAAAUGGCUCUCAGUUUUCCCCAACAGGACAAAUGAGCGAAUGGUCUGUGACUCCCCACCUGGCGUCUCUGGUUAUAGUUUAUUGAGCCAGAAUCCAAACAAUCCAACAUAUCGAAAUGCGCUUCACAUGCUGACCACUGUGUGUACUGAUGACUAUGUGACACCAUUCAUUCCUGUGCCCACUGAGCCCACAACACCCCCACCAGACUCGACACUUUGUGGGCUAGAAGAUUGUCCCUCAGGCACAGAGCCAGAAGACAUUACCAUUAGUACAACAUACAAUGAUGUGGAAGUAAACCCUCUGAUGAAACUGAAGGAAGUAUCAAAUACAGGUGCCACCAUCACUGUUCAGAUUCCUCAUCCUUACAAGAAGAUGUACAUCCUGGUUCUGUACAACAACAGCUUUUUCACCGAUAUUCAAAAUCUGAAAGAUAUAAAAGAGGACAUUGAACUAAAAAACCUUAAACCCCAUACUAACUAUACAUACUGUGUCGCUUCGAUACGUAAUUCUCUUAGACACAACCACACUUGUCUGACAAUCAAUACUGGCCCUUGGAAUGGAAAGGAUAGAAGUGUAAACAAUGCAACUGCUACUCAUUACAUUAUGACAAUUUUAGGCUGCCUCUUUAGCAUGGUAAUUUUUCUGGGUGUGGUUUACUAUUGCUUGCGAAGAAAGCGUCAGCAAGAUGAAAAGCACAAAAAAUCAGGCAGCCUGAAGAAAAAUAUAAUGGAACUCAAAUAUGGACAAGAACUGGAGGGAGGGACUAUUUCUCGAAUGUCACAGAAGCAGUUGUUGGCCGGGGAGAGCAUGGCACGCAUGCCAUACUUACAAUCUGCAGGUGAAAUGGAGCAGUACAAAUUUCAAGAGAUAAGUGAUACUCCUAAAAUGAUGAAAGGAAAUUACAUGGAGGUGCGAAGCAUGGAUCACCAUGAACGCAGGGAGUGUGACAUGGGAAUGCCUGGGAAUAGCCAGGGGUCGGUGGCAGAGAUUUCCACCAUUGCAAAAGAGGUGGAUAAAGUAAAUCAGAUAAUUAACAACUGUAUAGAUGCUUUAAAGUCAGAAUCCACCUCUUUUCAAGGGGUGAAAUCUGGAGCAGUGUCCACUGCAGAGCCCCAGCUCGUACUAAUAUCAGAACACCCACAGAGUAAAUCUGGCCUUCUGUCCCCAGCGUAUAAGGACAGCUACCACCACUCUCUGCAGAGGCAUCGGUCCUCUGAUGUCUCGCCAAAGAGGCCCAGCACUGCCACAGGAGGGCCCAUGCGAAGCCCCAGGCCUUAUCGCUCUGAAUCCAAGUACAUAGAGAAAACCUCCCCAACAGGAGAGACCAUCCUCACUGUAACACCUGCUGCUGCCAUUCUGAGAGCUGAGGCAGACAAGAUCCGUCAGUACAGUGACCACCGGCACUCGUAUCCCGAUGCUCACAUAGAGGAGCUUGAAGGACCCGAUGGUCACAAGUCCUCCAUGUUGGAGCCUCUUACUCACUCUCGCUCCAGAGACUUAGCAUAUUCCCAGCUGCCAUCUCAGUAUCACAAUCUAAGCUACUCCUCCAGUCCUGAAUACUACUGCAAACCUUCACACAGCAUCUGGGAGCGAUUCAAACUCCACCGGAAACGGCACAAAGAUGACGAGUACAUGGCUGCAGGCCAUGCACUGCGCAAGAAAGUCCAGUUUGCAAAGGAUGAGGACCUGCAUGAUAUUUUAGACUACUGGAAAGGUGUAUCAGCCCAACAUAAAUCAUAACCUCUUUAGGUGUUUUUAAAAUGGACCACACAUUGCAGAAAUGACACAAGAACCUCAUCUGACAAUUGAAUCAAUGGAUACUUCCAUAUUAUAAUCAACUACUCACUCACAUGUAUUACAUUCUCUUUUGACUGUGAGGAAAAUGGGGUAAAGAUUCUUUAAAUUUGUCAUAUUAUGUAAAGCAUUCAUUGGGAAAACUUUUAUCUAUUAAAGAGAAAAUAUAUUGCAAAUUAAUAAUAUAUAUGUUACAAUGGAUUAUAGGUUUUUGGGUAUCGCAUGGCCAAGUCCUGUGACAGUGGAUUUGCUGUUGUGUAAUAUGAAACUACUAUAUGAAGAUAUGUCUACUGAAUCCUCAAUAUUUUUUUGAGGAACUACCUGGACCCUUCAUUCAAAAAGAACUUUGUUUUAUUCCCUCCCUGCAUAUAUUUAAUUCUACAAAACUAUGUACAGAUAUGGGUUUCUAUAUUUGCAAUGUUUGCUGUGUAAAUGGAAAAGUAUUAGUGGAUAAAUCAGGUUUUAUGGAGCGCUGUUCAUUUAGAAUAACUUGUUGCUGAAGAAUGGCAUGUCCCACUUUAAGCCUGUCAGAUCAUUUGUCAUUUUAACCGUCACCGCCUGUUUUUUUAUUCUUUUCUCUGUUAAAGCUUUUACAUGCAUCUACAAGAUACAGAUGGAUUCAGUUUUAAUGUCCCCUUAAUUUCACAACGCAGUAUUCAAUGGAUGGACUCUGAUAGACUUCAUGCAGGCACGAUGCAGUGUAUUACAUGCUGUAAUGAAGGUCUCAGUCAUCAGUUUCAUGAACCGUCAUCUAUAUCUUCAGUACCAAAGUAGAAAAAGCUGAAAUGUUUACAAUAUUUCUGCACGGUCUGGGAAUCGUAUGAACAUAGAGCAGUAGAUCUGUUGACAUUUUCCUUUUUUUUAUUGUAUCAGCUACUCCUGCAAAAGUGAAAACAUUGGCAAACAAUCAUAUCCAUACACAGGAUAUGGUAUUGAAGGUCUACUAUUAAUCACUAACAUUUCAAUGGGAAGGCAGCUGUACUUUGUCGCCUGUUGUUUAGGUAGAGGCAGCUGUUCUUCCCUGCAGGAGAGCCCGAUGGAUGAAUGUAACAGAUACAUAUUCUGAUCUGUCUAUGGCAGCUUUUAUGUAAGGAAAUAUUUAUUUAAUGCUAUUAACGACUGUGUUUUUUUCCUUUGCUUCAAUAUUUCUUCCAGUGUAUUAUAUUGAAUAAUGUCUGAUCCGAUAAAUGCAGAAAAGUAGUUUGUUAUUCGGAUGGGCCUUGUUGCUUGCUGAGAGGUUUCAUUUUGUUUUUACCUGCUAGGCUGUUCAAUCUUUUUGUAUAUUAUGAAAGCUACGUACCAGACGAAUAUCAACAUGCUAGACUAAAAUUUGAGAAUGUGAAACUGAAUCCUCUGACUUACUGGCUGUGAAUUUGUAUAUCAUGAAAUUUUUUGAGUAAAUAUAAGACUUAACGCUUUUUCUUUGUAAGAUGUUUAUAUAACUUAUUCCAAAUAGGCUCAUGAUGAUUCAUUGCAUAUUUAUGAAUGAGCAAUAAAUAUGCAUUUCAACUCUCCUACUUAUUUGAGGAAUUCUAAUAAUGUAACUCUAAAUUUAUUGUCAAUGUAGGAUUUGGGUUUAUUAAAAAGCAGAGAACAGCUCUCGGAGGUUAAGCAGUUAUACCUCGCAGCAGCCAUUUCUAGAGAUGCAGAAAUAUUCAAAAAUUCUCCACUGCUAUAUGAUCUACAUAAAAUAUAAAAAGAUGUGGGAAAACUUUGUGGAAGAUUAGUCUCCUCAUUGGUCCAUACAGAUCUCAUCACUUCAGGGAAGCAGAAGCUUUAGUAGACACUUAAGUCACAUGCUUCAUGUACACCAUGAUUAAUUAGUUGAGUCUGGUUCCAUUAAACUUUUCCACCUCAGCAGAGUGUAAAAAACUUUUUUUUUUUAAAUUUGUGCUGUUUCCACUCAGGUUUUGUAAGUCCAACAGGUGAAAAGAAACACACUUAUUGUUGUCCUCAAUAAGGGGACACUGCAAACUUCAACUUUGGUCACACUUCAUAUUCUGCAACCUCAAAAAACAGCAGCCCUUUGAGUGUAAAUUAAUAUUAAACACUUCAGUAUCUAAAAAAUCAUAAAAGAAGGACAGACAUACUUAAUGUACUGUGUGUUGAGGUAAGGACCAGGGUCUGCAAUCUGGCAGCACAGCUGACCUGAGGGAAUUCCUUUAUCAGGGUACAUAUUUUUUCAUCAACUCCUUUUUUUCUUCCAUUUGACAUUGAGUAUGUAAACAUAACUGCAGGCUUUAGUUAGCCCAUUUGUAUUUUUUCUGUGUCAUAACACUGCGUCCAUUUCACGUAAGUGUGUCACGACACUGUUAUUAUUCAUUAAUGUGAAAUGAAGCAUUCAUGAGCCUGAUGUGAAUGUGUUAUGUAAGCACUUUAUAAAGUGUUACUUGGUUGUCUGACUUAAUAUUUCAACCGCCUUAAGAUUUUGGGAUAUGUGUACAAGUGUAAAUUUCCUUUUGUUUUAUUUUAAUGUUGAUACUGUUGACAAGUCUCCAUUUGUUGUUAUUUUUAUAAAAGCAUUUCAGUAUCUUCUGAGAGCUGUCAGGUUUCUAGUUCAUUUAGCUAUUUAGCAACAUGUUUUUAUACUGCAUAUUGUAGCACUUCUGUGUCUAAUAAGAGUUUAAAGUGAUGAUAAAACCUUUAGAAAGAUCAACAGUUGUUGUUCAAGUGCAUCAAAACAAACAAGAGCACAAAAAUGUGUUUUUUAUUUUAUUUCUUAAUACUAUGUUAUCUGCUUUCAGACAAAGUACUGUGAAAUAAAGUUAAGGGUGCACAUACA